AUGUUAGGACGACUGGACCCGGAUCCUGAUCUCGAAUUCCUCGACUGCAACCAGCUCGAGUCUGCCAACAGCCCGGGGGUCUUCUUGACCGAGGACUUUGCAAUCGACGGUCCCCAGUUUCUGGGAGCCUUUGGAUCACCAAUUGCAACCCACAAGAGCCCUCUUCCAGCCAGAGCGUCUCUACUGGACACCAAGGUGACGUCGUUACCCGCCCCAUCGACAGUAUCCCCCGCUGGAUCAUACCAGGAUUCGUCUCCCGAUUCUUCUAGAUACAAGCGGAAGUCGAGUUCGGAUUCGUCGCGGUCGGCGUUGACCAGCUGUGACACCAUGAUGGCAGACGACACGGAUAUGGGGGAUUGGAAGGUGGACGAUAUCAUGCGAGGAAACGAUGGACCAAGCUUUGGUGGAUAUGAUGGGACCAUCAAUCCCCUAGUCAUGGAUACCAAUUUUGAUUUCAGCGACAAAGCGAUGGAGAAUGAUUUUGACUUCGAGAGCGCUUCUAGUAGCUCAAGUCCCUUCGGAAUUGAGCCAGCGGAUAUGGACUCGCCAGGAAAGCCAACGAUUAAAUGUGACACCCCUCGAAAGAAGUCUCCGCCUCUGAAAAACAAAUUUAUGAACCAUAACAAGGUGAACUCACAACACUCUAUGACUCAAUCCAUGAACGGCCUCACAACUGCGGGUUCCAGGGAGACUUCACCACUGUCAGCCAUGGUGGCAAGUCAAUCACCUUCACCUUCAGCAUUCUUCAACAACUCGCCGUCUCCUAGCACGGGUCCUGACUACCCUAAUGGGAAUAUGCUCAAUGGAGGGGUUGCUAAUGCAGCGUGGCCAACAAACUUUGAAUUUCCACACAACGGGAUACCCACCCCGCAUCAUGGGCUCCCAAACAUGUCUAUACCGAUGGCAGUCCCACCAGUCUUUCGGGGUCUGGGCCCUCCUUACAUAUUGAUGAUACACCCUACGCCUUUAAAAUCCCGCGUCGAGACCCAGAUUCCGAUAAAGUUGUCGCUCUUUCCCAUGCCCAUUGGUAUCAAAAAACUUCAUCUUCCAACAUACACUAUCUCGAAACCCAAACUCCUUGCUAAACCGACCCCUGAACGAUCCCCGGAUACGCUGGAGCUGUACACUACGCUGGUCUGCACCAGUGCCAUGCAAAACCCAGAACAUAGGCGGCGUGCAUUGGCAAGAGCUGCGGCAAAAGAAUUUGGUCGGGAAGAGGCUCCAGCCGAAAAUGCAGAUGAGGAUGACGAGAAUAAGCCGUUGAACGGCGGAGAUGUUAAGAUCUGUGGAGGCUGUAUAACUCGAGAGCGGAAGCGAGCAGCACGCAAGAAGGUCAAAAAGGUGGAAGAGGAGGAAUCCUGGCACAAGGACGAGGCUAAGCGUGUCGUGGUCUUCAACACUCAUGAGAUCAAGGAAUGGCAGGCUCCUUCAAGUCAGUCUUCAGAAACAAACUCGGAUCGACCCGAGCCCUUCGUCCCCGAAGGUGCUAUGCAAGUCGAUGCGCCCAUGCGAAUUGCAUGUUACUGUCGGCAUCAAAAUGAAAAGCUUGGAUUCCAAGUGAUAUUUACUAUCAAGGAUUAUCAAGACAAUUUGAUUGCUCAGGAGAUUACCAAUCCAAUCAUGAUCACCGAUGAUCACAAGACGCACAACAUGCCUCUUACGACACAAAAUUCCACCGGCUCUGACGGUCCUAUGUUCGCAGGAUCUGGGGCCUUCCCCACCGAUGCUACCUUCAAUAUGCCUGGUGCAGUUGAUACCAUCGCUCCUUUCCGCGUUUCGCAUUCGAGCUCAGAUUUGCAGAGCAUGCGAGCAAAUUUCAAUAUGCAAUUCCACAGCCCCUUGGACGUUACUACGCCUUCUCAUACCUCACAGGCAACUUCAACAACAUUGACGCCUCGCAGCUUAUCUCGGCAAACCUCGCCAUCAGCCUCCUCUGGACCAACCUCAAAGAAGAGGAAAGCUAGCGGAUCGAACAAGGUUCCCAGCGGACUCGCUAUGACGAGGUUAGAGACAUCCGAUACUGGCGCUGGGCAAGUGUCCGCGUCUGCUCCUAUGAGUACCACGACUGUACCUUCGCCUUACACUCCCAACCUCACUUCAUUCCCUCUACCAGCGGACCAGCAGUUCGGCGCAUCCGCGGCCGUACAAUCCAUUCCCCCGCAAUUUAAUAACGGCCCUCCAACUCCGAAUAGCAACGAUCAGUUCUUCUCCAACGCCAACAGAUCUCAGUCCAUGGAGAAUAUAGCGAUACAGCACCAGAUGUUCUCCGCUCCAGCUUCAGCUCAUCCCAGUCGCGCCCCAAGCCCAAGUGGCUUAAGAAACAGUGUGCAAGCGUAUCAGCAGCAACAAGCCCAGAUUGCCCAAGCGGUAGCUAAUGGGUUAUACGGCAUGCCUCUGGGCCUUAACCCUCAUCGACCACCAACAAUACACAAACUUAUUCCUAAUGAAGGUCCUAAAGCUGGUGGGAUUGAGGUCACUUGUUUGGGCAGCGGAUUCUGUCAAGGGUUGGAGGUGAUGUUUGGCGAUGCCAAGGCCACGACGACUACCUUCUGGGGUGAGACGUCACUUGUUUGCCUUCUACCACCAUCUGCCUUCGCCGGCACUGUUCCUGUGACGUUCAAACACCAACACCUGCAACAAACCAUGCAGCCUCACUUUACACCUCCUAUCCCGAAACAGCAGGCAUACUUCAAGUAUGUAGAUGAUGAUGAGCAGCAGAUCAUCCGAACUGCAUUAGCCGUACUAGGGCACAAGAUGACCGGGAAAAUGGAGGACGUUCGUGACCUUGCGAGGAGAAUUGUCGGAGAUGGGCCUUCUUCAUGGGGAGUUUCUACAGCCCAGUCGCCGAACGGGGCUCCACAGAAUCAGAACGUCACCAAUUUCAGCCCGUCAACUUUUGGCGUCGAUGUCGAAGCGACUCUUCUGAGGUGUCUGGAUCUUAUCGAUCUCGAUGAUAGCCCCAAUAUGCCUCGUCUCAACUUGAGAAGAGCGUCUGGCCAAACUAUGCUCCACUUGGCCUGCUCUCUUGGUCUCAAUCGAUUCGUCGCUGCGUUACUCGCACGGGGUGCCAAUCCAGAGCCACGUGACAAGGGUGGCUUCACACCAAUGCAUUUUGCAGCGCUUCAUAACCACCCACAAAUCGUGAGGCGUCUCAUGUUGAGCGGUGCGGAUCCUACGGUCCGAAGUCUCCAAGGCUACACACCCGCGGAUAUGACAACUUCCGAGGAAGUCAUCCGUGCAGCUCGCCGCGCCGAGCACCACCACAGAACGCGUAGCGGCUCAUCAUUGAAGAGCCGAACCAGCAGCGCCACAUCCUUACGAUCGGUAUGGGGUUCAGCGUCAACCCCAGCUCCUGUCAGCCCUGAGUCUACUAGCGAUGACAGUGACGACGAUAACCAAUAUGAGGAUGAAGAUGCGGAUACGGCAAACGACGGUGGAUUCUGGAUGCGAUCUACUAGGCGCGCCAGCGCUCAGAAACCGCAGAGGGAACCAGUUGCUGAUGAGAAGGAUCCAGUCUUGCCAGCAGAGAUGGGAUCCACGGAAACCCCUGCAUCUCCGUCGGCUACCAUGACUGCAUUCCGGGAACAGCUGGCUGCUCAAAUCCAGCACCUGCAACAAUCAAUGCAUCUCAAUCUUCCAAACCUACCACACCUACCACAAAUGCCAACACUUGCCCUCAUGCCCAACCUUCCAGACUACCAAGCUUAUCUCCCGACUGCUCCCAUGGUCCGCCGUAUCAGCAAUCUGGUGGGCAAUAAUCGUGGUGAAGGUGCCGCCAAAGAGCAGGAUUACAAAUGGUGGGAUCUCUUCUCCGGGAGCGUGCCGGCUGCACCACCUGCAUAUGAAGAUAUCUUCCCUCAAGACGAUGCCGAUAUCGACACGAAACGAUCAUCCGCCGCCCAAGCAGCCGCUGAUACAGUCGCGGACAACAAAUGCGCCGAGCUCUUCGACCAAGCCGAGAGUAGUUCGACCGCUAGUCAGAAACUCCCCGUGAAGCUAGACACCGUCCGCAUCGGCCUGAAGCACGGCAUCACUCGGGAGCAACAAGAUCAACUGCGGCUGGCGCACGCCGAGAAGGUGAAGAGGCUAAGCCGUGACCGGAAUCUAUUCUUCAUCUGGAUUCCCCUCCUGAUAGUCAUCAGUCUCGCCAUGCUCUACAACCGUAUCCCCAAGCUCUGGGCCGGCGCCUCCGCCUUCCUCCGCUCGAUACGCAAUGGCGCCGUUGACCAGGCGCGCUUCGUCGAGGUCCAAUAG